AUGUCUCUCCACUUUUACGUCAAUAAUCAAGUGCUGACCAACCUCGACCAAACAGAAAAAGUCCUCAUCCUCACAGUUGACGGUCGCACACUCAUCGGCGAUCUCUUGUCAACCGACCAAACGACGAACCUUGUCCUCGCCAACACCGUUGAACGCAUUAUCCGCACCCCAGACGACGACGAACCCUCCACUGAAAUCGAACAUGGGCUGUACUUGAUCCGCGGUGACAACGUCGUGAUAUGCGGUGAAAUCGACGAGAAAUUGGACGGAGACAUCGACUGGUCCAAGGUGAAAGGCGAGGUCAUCCGAGACACGAAGAAUGCAUGA